AUGCAGCGCACAAAGACCUCUCAGCGAGAAUCCCGCACGACUCCCUAUGCCCGCCCCGGUACAGGCCCCGACGCACCCGGGUCAUGGAAGCACGACCUGCACGCAUCAGCUGCCCCUGCAGGCAGCUCUGGCGUCGCCGGCUCUCAGCUCGCCAAGCGGCUCGGCCUCGAAUUAGCCAGCGCGAGCAAGCCAUCACCCCGGAACGCGGGAUCACUUUCGGGUCGGAUAUCGCAAAAGGGUCAAGAGCUCUUGACGGGCGCGUCAAUGCCAUCGGGCGGCUCGCAGAUGUAUGGGUACGCGGAAAACCCACCAGCGACGAGUAAUAUCAACAUGGGGUAUGAGCUGUUCCCGACGGGAGUGGGGAAUGUGGGCGUGCAAGCGGCGCAGGGGGGUCAGGGGAGACCAACGAGAAGGAGCGUCUUUACGUCGGGACUGGCGGCGGCGGGACUGGGGGGUCAGGCGGAGAGAGAGAAGGAACGAUUGAGGGAAGAGGCAAGGGAGAGGGAGAGGCAACAAAAGGCGAGACAGGCGCAGAUGGCUGCGUCGAAUGUCAGUAUCAGGGGUCAGGGGAAGAUAUGGGUCAGAGUGGAGAAUUUGGCAGCGGGUACGACGGCGGAGGAUGUGCAAUCCGCAUUCGCCCCCUCUCCUAUCAUUUCCGCCCGUAUAUCCCCAGUCCCCUCCUCCAGACCCGACCUCGUCUCGAUCGACCUGGAAUAUACCGACCGCGCGGCCGCCGACGAGCUCAUCAAGACGUACGACGGCGUCGUGGCGGAUGGAAACGCGCUCAAGCUGGGGAUUGUCAUUCAGAGUUUGGCGACGAGGCUGGGCGCGGGCGGCGCGGCGGAGGUGCCAAGCGGAGGAGGAUUGGGAUCGAGGAUGGCCAGUGCGGCGAGUAGGGGGUCGUCUGCAGGGGGCAAAGAGCUGUUUGAGCCGCCAAAGGGGAGCAAAAUGUACUCGGAUACCAUUCUCGCCGCCGAUCCCAACGCUACUAUCAUCACCCUCGCAGACCCCUCGCAAACAGACCUGUCGGACGCGGCGGCCCAACGGUCGAAUGCCUGGGCGCGGGGAUCUGGAAUGAAGGGUUAUGGCGGGUUCUGA